AUGGAGGAGGCGGGCAUGCGGCGCCCUCGUAUCCCACUCUCGCCGUCAAAUAGGUCGGUGCCAUGCUACGCUCCAGAGAUAAAGGCCUUCAGGGAGUUCACUCAUCGCCGUGUCGGUCUCAUUCGCGCCCUCACCGAAGAUGUGGAGGAAUUCUUUCGUAAGUGUGCCUCAGGUAUGCGUUCUCUGUACCUGUAUGGCAACUACAAUGACGCGAUUUGGUGGGAGGUGCGGCAGCCGGGGCCUGAGGAACUGCUGCUUGGAAUCAACCUAGCGAGGGGUAAUAUGAGUCGCAUCAAGUGGAUGCAACACAUUGCCAUGCUUUGCGACGCAUGGCUCAUCAACAUCGCUUUCUCAAGCGCCCAAAAUAUGACAGCUGAACAACGGGAGCGCUUGUUCCAUCGGAUCAACAGCCUGCAAACAGUGCAUACAGCAUUCCUUGCUAGUGACACCUAUCGCCGCCUAUGUCGUGAAGAAGAGAAGGUGUCUAGGCCAGCUGCUGAACAGAACGACCAGACUGAGGGUGAGGGUACAGAUGAGAUCAUCUGCAUACGCUGUAAUGGCCGCUACCGUGCAAACGCAUUCUGGAUCUGCUGUGAUGUUUGCAAGCAGUGGUACCACGGCAAAUGUGUGAAGAUCAGGGCCAAGCAAGCAGAUCAGAUGAAGAAGUAUGAGUGCCCUGAGUGCCUCAGUGAGAAGAGCGGGCAUUCUUAA